GUAUCCCUAUCAUUUUCUUAUUUGUAUUCUAGCCGCAUUCAAUCUAGUUUCUGUAUGCUUAUAAAAACAAGCAGCUGGUUAAUACUGGGUAUAUAAAAUGUCACGUGGUCACCUGAGAAACUGUAAAGACGAUGGAUGGUCAAGAUAUGGUGGAUAUAUGCGUGCUAAGAAAACGAAGCUAGAGAAACAAUUCAAUGAACAAACUGAAUCUGGUCCGUCAUUAUUUGGUGGUGUGUCUAUCUAUGUGAAUGGUUAUACAGAUCCAUCUUCUGUAGUCUUAAGAGAUUUAAUAGUACGCUAUGGAGGUCGUUAUCAAGCAUACUACAGUCGUUCGACUGUUACUCAUGUGAUUGCCAGUCGUUUACCUUAUGGAAAGAUAAAAAAACUAUCAGAUGAGAAGUUGGUUACUGCAAAAUGGAUUACUGACAGUAUUGAAGCUGGUAAGCUUUUACCAUGGCAAAGUUAUCAGCUCUAUCCAACUCAUCGUUCUGGAACUGGACAGAAAACUCUGAAAAUUGUGCCUGAGAACCCCAUAGAUGAUACAAAUUCUGAUAGAUUAAAAACUGUUUCACCAUCUAAUGUUGUAAAUGAGAAUAACGAUUCAAGUACAAAUAUAAAUACAGAAACACCUUCAUGCAGUACAUAUGAUCAAUCGUCAUUUUCAACUAAUAAUAAACAAACUUCAAUUCAUCAAAUGCGUAUUGAUGAAUGUUUAUCACUAAACACUCCAAUAAAGACAGAUACAUAUGGUGAUAGUUCAAAUACAAUGAUGAUUCAAAAAAUUAGUCCAAUAAAAUCUCCAAUUACAUUGAAACAACUUUUAAGCCAUAAACCUAUUAUGGAUGAUACUUCUCAAAAAACAGCUGAGUCGAUUCAUAAAGAUGAAAUACAUUCAUCUUCUGCUCUUCAAACAUCAAUACAACAAACUUCAUUAAAAGCAUCAUUAGAUCAAAAAUUAGCUACAUUUUAUUCACGUUCACGUUUACAUCAUCUUUCUUCUUGGGCUAAAGAUUUACAUGAUUUAGUGAAACAAAUGCGUGAAAAUCCUGAACACAAUUGUGAUUUAGGUAUGGAAUGGCAUAAUCGAAUGUUAAGUGAAUCAACGCAUGAACACAAAAUGAUUGAAUUACAUGCACGAUUAAUUGAUUGUAAAGAAUCGAAUUCGUAUGCACCACCAUCAUCAAAACCAGCAAAACCUCAAAUUAUAUUUCAUAUUGAUAUGGAUUGUUUCUUUGUAUCUGUCAGUCUUCGAAGUAGACCAGAACUUAAAGACAAGCCGGUUGCGAUCACCCAUGCGAAGGGUUCACGUGGCCCAAAUAACGAUCUUGGGAUUAGUAAUAAACAGACGGAAUCUAUGUCUGAAGUUGCUUCCUGUUCAUAUGCUGCUCGUCAAGCUGGAGUGAAAAAUGGCAUGCUUCUGGGAAGAGCCAAACAGCUAUGUUCAGAUUUAAUCGUUUUACCAUAUGAAUUUGAAGCUUACAAAUCAGUAUCAGAGCUGCUAUAUAAUACCAUUUCUCGCUUUACCCGAGACAUUCAAGCAGUAAGCUGUGAUGAAUUGUAUGCUGACUGUGCAGAUCUACUCAUUCAUUCAAAUGGGAAUGAGAUCAAACCGACACUCCGUGAUGGCAAUUGGGAAGUAACCUAUCAGAUCAUCAAUCCACUAGUUUUGGGUAGUUAUAUACGAGAAAUAGUAAAAGACAUUACUGGUGGAUGUACAGCAUCUAUUGGGUUCGGUACAAGCAAAUUAUUAGCACGUCUAGCGACUAAGAAGGCCAAGCCCGACGGACAAUAUUGGUUACUUGGCCGCUCUGGAGGUGCCUGUCCAAUACCUGAUAGACUAAAGAAAAAAGAAAGCUGGAGGUGGUAUUCUUCAGAAGAAAACACAGAACAUUUAGAACUCCACUCGGAAUGUGAGUUAACUGGUGAUGCGUACCAGUGGUUGUGUGACCUACCACUCACUGAGAUCCCAAGUAUCGGAAGAUCCGUAGCAGAUAAAAUAUUUCAAGCAUUCGAUGCUAAAACGUGUGGUGAACUAAUGUCUAAAGUCUCUCACAACCAAAUCACAAAUUUAUUGGGCAAGAAAACUGGUAAUCGAGUUUACAUGAAUUGUCGCGGAAAGGAUUUAGAUAGUUUGCAAUUCGAGAAAGAAUAUAAAUCUGUAUCAGCAUCGAUGAAUUAUGGAAUUCGAUUAAACUCACAAUCCGAAUUAGAAGCUUUAGUACAUUCACUAUGUGAAGAAUUGAGCUCUAGAAUGCGAAAGAUCAAAUUAAAUUCAACGAAUGUCGGCUGUUUAGGAAAAUCAUUAACCGUUAGGCUGUACCUACGACUUCCUAAUGCUCCUGUGCAGACGGCAAAAUACAUGGGUCAUGGUUUAUGUUCAAUAACUAACCACACUAUACAGAUGACUGAACAUACAGCGGAAGCCACAGUCCUUUAUCGAUAUGCAGUAAAAGCAGUGCAUCGCCUGUGUCCUGAACCACAAGAUUUACGGGGAGUGAGUUUACUAUACUUUAAACUUAAGUAUACUGAAAGUACCAAAACAUUUCGCAACUUUCUAAUGUAUGUAGAUGUGUUGAUUUUAGAUGAAUAUACAAUUAAAUUUAAUAAAAUAUUUUCUGCACUAUGAAUGCAUAUAAUUGAAAGUAAAAUUCAUAAAACUUACCUUUAGCAUUGUGUUUGUCUAAAUUGCGAAGUUUACCUCAUAACUCAUUAAUAUCCCAAGCCAAAACAGAUUUCACAAUCCAUGCAAUUUUGAUACUAACAAAGCAGACCAGAAAAAAGUCGACCAUUACAGCAUGAAGGAGAAACUUUACCUUAAAUUGUUUUCCGAGAUUAAUUUUAAGACAAUCGGUUACCUAACGAAAAAGUUUAAGUUCGUUUAAGGUCUAUCAGCUAGUUAGUUUUGGUUACUUUGAUUUGCGGUACUGAAAUCAGGAACUAUGCCUAGAUUCAGUUGACAUUCAUGACGUUUUAGAUUUCUGUAGCGAUUCUGACCCUUAAAAUCUUAUUACUUCGUAC